CGCUCCGUCUCCGGGAGAGUGAAGAAGAAAGUUGCCUGUGGCGUCUCCGGUGCGAUGAUCUUGAGCUACGAACCACUAUCAAGAGACUCUUGGAGGAUAUAUAAGAUGCCUUGCUGUUUGUCAUGCAGACGAUCAUAUUGCUAUUGGCUUACUUGUUGAGACGUUACGGCGUAUCUGUCAAACAGCAGCGACUCACCCGGAACAAAGCCGGAACAAUAUUCGUGCUGCUCGGAACACUUGACAUCGUGCGAGUCGGCAUAUGGUUAUCGGUCAGCCUGAGGCCGUGGGAAAUAUUUGUGGUCCGAUAUAACAUGAAAAAUUUGACUAGGAAAUCUUGCCUAGUCUACAGUUGUAGACCAAGAAUCACUUGGAAUCGCUUUCGUACCAAUCUAUGAUUUUUUAUCCACCAUUGAACACUCCACGCCUGACUCACACCAUCAUCCUCUUCGGACCUCUUGCAGUUUCCCUGGUCGACACAGACCGUCCUCCUUAAGCUUAGAUUUUUGACUUAUCUCUCCCUUCCUCAUUCCUGUC